AUGCCCCUGGUACCAGACUGGAAGGGGCCCGGGAAGGUGUUCCCCGUGACCGUGACAGCCCUGGAAGAUGGGAGCUGGGAGGCCAAGACCACCCUCCUGAUUCAGGGGCGGUGCCUAGAGAAGAAAGUUACUCUGCAGAAAACCCAGGAGCCUGGCAGAUACAGCGCCUACCACGGCAAGAAGCUCGUGUACAUAGAAGAGCUGCCCGAGAGCGACCACUGCAUCUUCUACUGUGAAAGCCAGGACCCAGGGAAGAAGUUCCGCAUGGGCAAGCUCAUGGGGAGGAGCCCCGAGGAGAACCUGGAGGCCCUGGAAGAAUUUAGGAAAUUCUCGCAGCGUAAGGGACUGUUGGCUGAGACCAUCUUCACACCUGAGCAGACGGGUGAGGGGUCGGCUGCCUUUGUCCCCCACAACGUCCCCUCUGUGUUCCUUGUGCCACCCUAA